AUGAAAACGGAUAGCAGAGAAAGACUUGGACUGAGCUUCACCAUUGACUAUCUUCUUUACAAUAAAGGAGUCAACCAGACUGAAGAAGAACCAUCGAGACAUCCCACUAUAGAACAAGCAAUGCUAAACAACCUGUCAACUCAUCAGGAUCCCAAAUACAAAGAGGUGGGGACAAGUAGACAGAAUGACAUGAUUCAAUGUUCUAAUCUCGAUACCAUAAAAAGAAACACCAAUGAAAAGAAGGACACCAAAGAAGAGGAGGAGGAGCACACAACCACCUCAAGUUACUCAAAUAAGUCUGAAGAAAAACCUAAUCAAUCCUAUAUUGCACUCAUAUCAAAGGCAAUUCUGGCAUCCCAACAAAAGAAACUCCUUCUAUGUGAUAUCUACCAGUGGAUCAUGGACCAUUACCCCUACUUCAAAAGCAAGGACAAAAACUGGAGGAAUAGUGUGCGUCACAACUUGUCCCUGAACGAGUGUUUCAUCAAAGCUGGUCGCAGUGACAAUGGCAAAGGUCACUUCUGGGCGAUUCAUCCGUCAAACUACCACGACUUCUCUAAGGGAGACUAUCAUUGCAGACGGGCCAGGCGAAGGGUGCGGAGGCUGGCCGGACAGGUGCCUCUUAGCGCCUCCUACCAUCCUCUGUUUGGACCACGCCAGCCAGUCUGUUGGUGCUGUCCACGAAGUCCCACUCUGACCUGCUUGCCCACCAGACUUUGCUGGCCCUGGUCCCAUUUGCAGCCUCACGUGGGGAUGUACCCACUCUUCCAGACUUCUACAUCAUAA